UAGAGCAGCGCAAUCGAGGCUGGACGCGCGCGCGGCCCGGCUCUGGCUCCGGCUCCGGCCUCGGAGGAUGCUGCGCGCCCAGGAUGCUGCCGCGCCUGGUACUGCCCCUGGCGGUGCUCCUCAGCCUGCGCCUGGGCUCCGGCGCGCACGGAACAGAGUUGCCCAGGCCUCCAUCUGUGUGGUUUGAAGCAGAAUUUUUCUCCCAUAUCCUCCAUUGGACUCCCAUCCCGAAUCAGUCAGAAAGCACCUACUAUGAAGUGGAGCUUCUGAAGUAUGGAAUAGACUGCUGGAAGCCCAUCCCCAACUGUAGCCAGACCCUGGUGCCGUCCUGUGACCUCACUUCCGUGACCUUGGACCUGUACCACGACAAUAGCUACAAAGCCAGAGUCCGGGCAGUGGAUGGAAACCAGUAUUCCAACUGGACCAACACGAACACACGCUUCUCCACGGAUGAAGUGACUCUGAUGGUUAGCAGCGUGAAGCUAGAGGUGAACAACGGCGUCAUCCUCGGGUGGAUCCAGCUCCCCAGGCCCAGGAUGGCCCUUACCAGCGACACUUACGAAACCGUCUUCCAACACUUUCGAGAGUAUGAGAUUAAGCUGCGCAAGGUGCCAGGGAACUAUACGUUCAUACAGCAGAAGGUUUACCGUGAAAACUUCAGCCUCUCACCCCCUGGAGAACUGGGAGAGUUCUGUGUCAAGGUGAAGCCAUCUGUGGGCUCCCGAACUAACAGGGCACUGUGGUCCAAGGAAGAGUGCGUCGUGCUCACCCGACAGUAUUUCACCGUGACCAACUUCAGCAUCUUCUUCACCUUCGUACUGCUGCUCUGCGGAGCCCUGGCCUACUGCCUGGCCCUCCAGCUGUGCAUGCGGCGCCAGAGGAAGCUGCCUGCCGUCCUGGUCUUCGAGAAGCCCCAUCCCUUCAGCUUCGUCAUCCAGCUUCCCCGCCCAGAGCCCCGGGACACCAUCCAUCCCCUGGACGAGGAGGCCUUCCCCAAAGUGUCCCCGGAGCUGAAGAACUCGGAGCUGCACGGCAGCACGGACAGCGGCUUCGGCAGUGCCAAGCCAUCCCUGCAGAGCGAGGAGCCCCAGUUCCUCCUGCCUGCGCCGCACGCACCGGCGGGGGGCGCCGUGGGAAAGGGGGUGCCCCGGGAGCUGGCGAACCGCUGCGGCGGCGACAGCAGCAGCAGCACGGACAGCGGAAUCUGCCUGCGGGAGCCCAGCCUGAGUCCCGGCACCAGACCCCACUGGGAGCAGCGGGCGAGGGGCAGCAGCCAGGGCCACGACGACAGUGGCAUUGGUCUAGUCCAAAACUCCGAGGGGCAGCCUGAGGACGUGCAGGGUGUCUCGGCCUUGGGCCACGUCAACCCCUCAGGGCCUGAGGUGCCUGGGGAGGAAGACCCCGACUCCGUGGCAUUCCGGGGCUACCUAAAGCAGACCAGAUGCACACAGGAGAAACCAGCCAAGGCAGGCUGCCUGGAGGAGGAGCUCGCCUCGACAGAGAGCCUUGGCCCCAAGUUCAGGACGUGCCUGGAUGCCGAGGCAGGCUGGCCUCCACCGGCCCUGGCCAAGGGCUAUUUGAAACAGGACCCAGGAAUGACUCAUAUUCCAUCACGGACCCCAGCUGGACAGUGGAAUCCGCCAACUGAGGAAUGGUCCCUUCUGGGUUUGACCGGCUCCAGGGACCCAGGAGCAUCUGACUGCAGCCUAGACCACGAUCUUGCCACUCUGGACUGUAUGGCGGCCCCAGGUGGUCUUCUGGGCAGCUUUGACUCACACCUGGUCACCUUGCCUCUUAUCUCCAGCCUGCACUCAAACGAGUGACUCAGGCUAACGGGAUGCUUUUUGAUUUCAGCCAAGCCCUGCUUGGACCAGAAGGAGGGGCCCCAGGGGUCAGAAGUGACUCAUGAGGCCAGUGUGAGCACCUUCCUGCAAGUUCAGGGGCUCCAGCCCCAGCCAGGCCUGGUAAGGCUGUCCGAAGUGCCCGAGGCAGAGAGAGGCUACCUUGCUGUUCCAGUGCAGGGUGUGUGGACGCCACUGCCUGUUCUGCAGACGGGUCCCCAAAGACUCUGGCAGGACCAGGAAGGGCAGAGCAGAGAUCUCCUCCCUCCUUAGGGCACUUCCUGUACUGUAAAAGAUCGUUUGCUCAGGGGAACCACAGGGUUUUCUGGAACUGCGGCGAGGCCAACAAGCUGAAGUCAGUUCAGACCCAGCCCUCCCUCUUAGGCUAGCCGUGUGCUGGGGCUUCCAGCAGGGUGCAGGGCUGGGAGGGUGGGAGCUUCAGGGCCCCCCUGCAGGGCCAUUUCUAGGAGGAAGAUGGAGGAAGCAGAGACCAAGUUCGAUCUCUGGGAUGGCCACACGGAGAAUCUUCCCGACUGGCAUCCUCCCGGGCAGGGAGCUUGUCAUGCCACUAGACCAAUCCCACACGAUGAAUCUACCCUGCUCAGCCAGCCAGUCCACCAACCACCAUCAUGGAGCCCACAGCGGGUGAACCCCCUGUGACCAAGCCACUCACGACCCCACCCCAUCGCCCCCCCCACCAUCUUGCUGACAGUACUGGAGAAGCCAUGGUUAUUUGUACUGGUCAAAACUCAGCCCUUCAGGGUGUCUGUGGACUUGGGCACCAGCUCACCUGCCCCAGAGGGUCCCGGGCGGGACCUGCGCUUGCAUUUACUGUUGUCAUCUAGCCACAGACCCACGGGACACGGCACCGCCCUCUCAGGGAUCCCCCGUGCGAGCUUGGGGCAGCCACAGGUGGAAUAAGGAUGCCAUCUCCAGGGGGCCCUCCAUGCUGGCCCCGGGGGUGAUGUCUCCCGCCCAGUGUGAGCCCGGGCUGGGAAGAAGGGGACUGUAGAACCCACAUCUGCACAGACACAGCCUCCUUCUCAUGCCGAGGACUGACAGACUUAGCACAGGUCCAUGGUGUCAUGCUCAGAGGACUACCAGACCCUGGGCCCAGAAAGGGGGCGGGUGUGGGCCCUGCUCCCCCAUACUCACUGUUAAGAUUCUGUCUUCAAAGCCAGUUUACAGUCCAUGGGCUCCUAAGCUGGGAGGUGUGACAGGCUUGACAGAUGCCCCGAGAGUCCCUGCUUGGCCCUGCACUUUUCUGUGGCGGUCAGAGAAGACAUGCCAGCUCAGGGGAUCCAGCCAGAACCGCCCCUUGCCCCCCCCCCCCAUAGUCUACCAAGAGGUUCUCAGGUGUCUCAUAACUCCGCCUGGACACUUGAGGUUUGCGGAGUUCCUCAGGGUUCCCUUGGAAGGUUUAUUUAUUUAUCCUGUUACCUUAUUUAUUGAAGAGACAGCACAAUACCGUGAAAGAAUUCGGAGUAUUCAAGAACUUGGUUCUGACCCGACCCCCACUCCUGGGUUCUAGUUCUGACCCCACUGUUUGUAGCAUUUCCUCAUCUGUAAACCGAAGAGCAUCGGUUUAUGCCUGAUGCGUUCCGUUCACAGGGAUGUGAGUUUCCACCGAGGGGGCGGGUCUGAAAGGGUCUUGAAAGAAAAGCUCUGUAAAUCAGGGGUGUAGGUUUUUUAUUUGAAUAAAUGGUCAGGACCACAGGAAUCUUGUGAAACCAGUCAAAUUUCUGAUGACGCGGUGGCUGGGGGGAGACUCAAAUUGCUGAUCGUUGAAGUUGAUAAGGAAAACAAUGUGUGAUGUCGCUUUAGCAGAAAUGAAGACUUAGGCUCAAACCAGACACAGGUCUGAGCCCGCAUAAGAACAUGAUGUAACAGGUAUGUAAUGUAAUGAAGGAGAUUGUGACGCUGUAUGUAAAUGAGAGAGAUGUUCUUUUGGAAGGCUGAAAAGGAAAUGUAGAAGACAAUGGGGUUUUUGCUUUUUUUGAGAGCGCGUGAGCGGGGGAGGGGCAGAGAGAGAGGUCAAAGGAUCCGAAGCGGACUCUGCGAUGACAGCAGAGAACCCAACUUGAACUCACGAACCACGAGAUCAUGACCUGAGCUGAAGUCGGAUGCUCAACUGACUGAGCCACCCCGGCGCCCCAAGACAAUGUUCUGAGUGUGGAUCCUGACCACCUGGAAAAGAGAGCAGACCUUCCUGGAGCCCCACCACCUGCUCCCCCCGGGCCUGGAGGUGCAUCCCACGGGUGCUUCUCAUAAGUGCGGAAGCCAUCUGCAUUUGAUUCUGAAAGCAGUCUGCUCUUUCCACGAAAAGCCACACGUGGGUUUGAAUCUCUCCCCACGCUCAGCCCAGCAGAUAGAGCAAACUUGGGGUCCACGGCCAGGGUCUCUGGUGCACUUUGCCCUUUGUCCCAGCCCAGAUCCUCGAGGAGGUGAAUGGGAACACCUCUUCGCCGUUUCUCUGGGUCACCUCUCCUGUGAUGCUUCUCCCCAUUUCGCUCAGAAAAUCAGCGGUUCUGGGGAAGCGCUGAUCGUACCAUCUUCAGAGAACUUGACUAAUACUAUGCCAUUUGGGACCUGCCCAGACUUCUGCCCCAGAGGCUUCCCUGUCCUAUUCUUGUGAAGUGUGGCUUCGGCCACUUUCUCCUGGAUACGAGUGUUGGAGAUGACCUCUGGCCUCAGGGAAAGACCCCUGAGGCAGGCUGCGUAAAGAAGGGCAGAGGGGUGAGUACAAAGACUGAGAGAGUAAAAGGAAUCAGCAACUGGUGCUGGAUGCGCUGGGAGAGACCAAAUGCAGAGCAGCUUGCAGAACAGAGUCCCAGGAUGUGGGCUCUGCUACACGCCUCACCUGCUUCCCUUGUGACGCACGAGUGGGAGUUUGUGCUGGGUCCCCUCUGCCUUGAAGCCCCUCUCUGUCUGCCCGGCACAGACAGCCAGGGCUCGUGGGGGAAACGGCGUUCUACCCACAGUUGGUGCUGAGAUGCUCACAGGCUUCUCGGGAAUUUCGACUCAAGUCCCCAAGAGAAGGCCCUCUUUGUUCUUAAACUGAGUAAUCUCCCUCAGGGCUUUUCCAGGCUGAGGAAUGUGUGAUUCUGCAUUUCUGUGAGCUAACGGAACUUCCUCUUACCCAGGAGAUGGGGGAAAUGGACCCACGUUGACCAAACAGGAAAUUCUAUUGAACUCUUUUCCCAACUUUCUAAAUAGCUGUAUCAAAGAAUCUGCCUUGUCUUCCCCGAAGAUCUCUACCCCUCCCCCACCCCACCUGCAAGGCACGCACCA